AUGACGUCAUCCGCAUCGUCGUUUACGUCACAUCCGUUCUCGCCUCCGUCGCUUGCGUCGCCGUCUCUGUCGUCAACUUCCGCUCGCUCCUGGUUGCUGGCCGCCGGCGCCUCGUUCUCAUUGGUCGCCGCGUUUUCCGGGACGGCAACAGUGGCGGCGAAGGAGCGGCCCGAGGUGGAUCUGGGUCGCGACGCGGAGGUGGUGCUUUACCAGUACGAGGCGUGCCCUUUCUGCAACAAAGUCAAAGCCUUCCUGGACUACUACGACAUACCCUAUCGCGUGGUGGAGGUGAACCCCGUGGGCAAGAAGGAGCUCAAGUGGUCGCCCUACAAGAAGGUGCCCGUGCUCGUCGUCAACGGCGAGUCCCUCGUCGAUUCCUCAGCCAUCAUAUCCGAGUUGCACCGUCGUCUGAACCCCUCCAAGGCCACCAACAUCCCCCCCGCCGCCCCUGCUGCUUCCGCCGCGGCGGCUUCUGCGCCUGGCGCGUAUGCCAGCGCCAUUGGCGGCGGCAGUGGCAGCAGCGCGGGGGGAGCUAGCAGCAGCGGGGCUAGUGGUGUGGCGGAGGGAGUGGCGGAGGUUGUGGGGCACGUGGGGGAGCGGGGCGUGGCGGAGGGGCAGGCGGAGGAGGAUCUGGAUGAGGAGACCAGAUGGCGCAGGUGGGUGGACGGGCACCUCGUGCAUCUGCUCUCGCCCAACAUCUACCGUUCGCCCUCUGAGGCACUAGAGGCAUUCGACUACAUCGCCACCAACGGCAACUUCACAGCAUGGGAGCGCAUGAUGGCGCGGUACUUUGGCGCGGGCGCCAUGUAUAUGAUCGGCAAGAAGCUCAAGAAGAAGCACGGCAUAGCAGACGAGCGCACUGACCUUUACAAGGCGGCUGAUGAGUGGGUGGCGGCCCUCGGUGACAGGAAGUUCCUUGGAGGCGAGACCCCGAACCUCGCUGACCUGGCAGUGUUCGGGGUGCUGCGGCCAAUCAGGCACCUGACAGCUGGCAGGGACAUGGUGGCGAAUUCGAGCAUAGGGCCAUGGUAUGAGCGCAUGGAGAAGCACGUGGGUGCCUCUGCCAGGAUUACUGCUGCUGACGAUGCUGCUGUGACUGGUGCUGCUGCAGGCAAGUAG